AUGCCCCUACCCAUAACUUUUAUUUUCGCCACAUUCGUCAUCAAUAUGGAGGAUAGGUUUUUACUUAUUAACGGCUUUGAGUGCAAAACAGGCCACGCCUUGAAAGGGGUGCAGUUCAAAACAAUAUAAAAUUCUUUCUGCCGUCUUUUUUUCUCGAAUUUCGUCAGAGAUUCAUUUUCGACUUUUUCGCUGGCUAUAUUCAAUUUUCAAAAAAUUUACAAUCAAAAACCUUCUCAGCUAUUUAAGAAACAACCGCAUCCAUUAAUGAUUACAGUCCACUUCAAAAAGUUGUUUGUAUGAGAAAUCAGGAGAAAUUUCCAAAUAAACGUCCUCCUCGAGUGUUCUUCUGCGAACUACAGUAGCCGAAAGAGGACGGAAGAGGAACAAAACGAGCUCUUUGGGCCAACUUUGGCGAUACCUUUCAUCGACGAACGACGGCUUCCGCCUCUGACUCACUCUGGCCUUUCCCUCUUGCUCUCCAUGUUUCUUGUGAUCCGAUAUACUCUACUAUGAUACUCACAUAUUCAAAAUCCUCAAUAAAACGAGUAUUUCUUUACCAGCUCCAGAAGAAUAACUUUGUCUUCAGAUUUACUUAUUUCCCUUUGAGAACUCCGAGCUCACCUCCAGAAGCUGCGCUUUUUAUGUCGACUUUAAACUGUCUUUAGUACAAAGUCUUUAUAAGAAUUUUAAUUUUGAGAAAGCGAAUUUCUUUGAGCCAUCAUACUGAUUCAUUUCUAAGAUGGAGUCUAUUUUCAAACCUUGAAUAAUAUUAUUUUUUUGCAAAAAUUUGUUUCUAAAAUCUUCACUCCAAGUGGUUGCUUGCUUUUUCGAGGCUACCGCCUGGAACACGGUCUCCGAGCUCCAGCACAAGAACCGCUAUCUUUUGAGCGCGGCAAGGCACAACUGGAUGGACUACGCGCAGAAGAACGAGACGAAGGACCGUAAGACCAUGCUUUCAACUUGCUCAACUACAAGUUUGAACUUCUAG